CACUCUAUACUGGACGUUCCUCCGGGAGUAAAGGAACAAUUACGAAUGGGUGAUCCUUCAUCAGUGUGAUCAGUGGGGAAUUGGGUUGAGUGCGGGUGCGUGAACGAUUAAUUUGGUGUUUUUUUGUCGUCGUAGUGCGCCGGGGCGAUAAUGGAGUAUGGACCGCGAAGUACAAAUUGGAUUGUCGAUGAUACCGGUAACAAUAACGGACUUCAGUGCUAAUCUGUGAAGUGACAUGAGUGUUACUUGCGUAUGAUUGUUCAUGGAACUGUUGUCGACUUCGUUAAAGAAUCGCGAGAUGCACCCGUGAGAGCUCCUCCCUCGACUAUUCUCGAAGGUGUCACGGAGGGAUUCAACCCCCCACAUUAGUGUCGUGAUAUCGGGAGUGUUGCGGGGGGAGUAACGUAAGAGAGGAGAGGACGAGGGUGGACGCGGUAGAGGUGGAAGGAAGAGAAGACUCGAGUCACAGCGGACGCCAUCUCCGCGUUAUCGGCAAGCGGACCCCUCGGGACUCCCCCCCGAGUAACAUCGGUGUCGCGCACCCUCAGCGGGAACUACCCCGCGACAGCGGCCACACUGAUGGGAGUGUAUGAGGAGCGCGCCCCUCCUACCACCGGCAUGCACUGGCAGCCGCCCAGCUCGCAGGAGCGUGGCAGCGGCUUGGCUGUGGGGCGCCAGGGGGGACCCGGUAGCACGGGGGGGCCCGGUGCGGUGGACCAGGCGAGGGAUCUGAGUCCCUGCCUUCCCGCGUCGAUGGGCGAUGCUGCGCGACCUACCACUCUACCGUGCAGUCCUCCUGCUGCCCAUCACCACGGGUCCCAUCAUACGCCCCUGCAUCAGACCCACUGUGGUACCAAUAACAACUGUUACGACGGCUCGACCACCCCUUAUGAGUCGAGGGAUUACGACUCACCUGGAGCAGGACAAGAAUAUAGGGGCAGUGGUGGAAACUUCGAGAACGCCAAUGAUCUAAGCAUGCCAUCGCAGACAGCGCAUCACCAUCAUCAUCACCACCAUCAUCACCAUCAUCAUCCCCAUCUGCAUCCGCAGACGCACUCCCAGGAACAACAAACCACGACGGAGCACUUGCACGCCAUCCCGAAGCUGGAACCACCGCCUACGCCGCCCUCGCAAUCGGAAGACGUUCCGGGGAAUGUAGUUUGCGCGGGAUGCGGUCUCAAAAUAUCAGAUAGGUUCUACCUCCAGGCAGUCGACAAGAGGUGGCACGCCGCGUGCCUCCAGUGCUCGCACUGUCGUCAGGGUCUCGACGGGGAGGUCACCUGCUUCAGCAGAGACGGCAAUAUCUACUGCAAGAAGGACUACUAUCGGAUGUUCGGCAGCAUGAAGCGUUGCGCGCGCUGCCAAGCGGCGAUCCUCGCGUCCGAGCUGGUGAUGCGCGCGCGUGAGCUCGUUUUCCACGUGCGUUGCUUUUCAUGUGCGGCGUGCGCCGUGCUCUUGACGAAGGGUGACCACUUCGGCAUGAGGGACGGCGCCGUGCUCUGUCGGCUGCACUACGAGAUGGGCGCCGAACUGCAUCCGGCCCAGAGUCCGCCGGUCCCGGUCUACCCACCCGGGCCGCACUACCCCGGCCAGCCCUUCCCCUCGCCCGAGUUCCUCCAUCACCAUCAUCAUCAUCACGCGCCACCGCACCCUCAUCACUCGAUGCACCCCCAGCACCCGCAUAGUCACGUCAGUCCGGUGCCACUGCAACCCUCCACACCCUCCAUUCCCGAUGCUUCUUCGCCCCCGAAGGUGCCCUACUUCAAUGGCGCCGCCGCCGUGGUCCCACCGCCCAGGCAGAAGGGUAGACCCAGGAAGAGGAAGCCUAAGGAUCUUGAGGCUAUGACUGCGAGUCUUGACCUAAACGCGGAUUACAUAGACAUGCCCUUCGGCAGAGGUCCCGGAACCCCCGGUAUGCCCGGCUCCAACAGCAGGACAAAACGGAUGAGAACGAGCUUUAAGCAUCACCAGUUAAGGACGAUGAAGAGCUACUUCGCGAUCAAUCACAAUCCCGAUGCGAAGGAUCUCAAGCAGCUUUCCCAGAAAACUGGCUUGCCGAAAAGGGUGUUGCAGGUUUGGUUCCAGAACGCGCGAGCAAAAUGGCGGCGUAUGGUACUGAAGCAGGAGGGCAAGUCCGACAAGUGCGACGGCGGAGUGGACAGCGGUAAUCUCGGCGACCUUGAGCUCUAUGGGGGCGGGCCGCCGAUGAGUCCGCCCUUCAUGCUCGGCGGUCCCCACAGUCCUGCGUCCCUGGCAUCCCUGGACUGCGCGUGAUCCUUGACGUCCGAGUCCGUGCUUUCUAGCUAGCGCGUCGUACAUCCUGGUCCUGCAACAGGAUAUCGGUAUUGGGACGUGCACCCUUACGGACGUGAGUGAAAUCGCUGGCGAGUGCGUGGAAACAAUGAAUUGUGAAUAGGUGGUGAGCGUGUAAAAAGGAAAGAGGAAUAACUUUUCCGCGAACGUAAAUUUGCGGUCGAAUUAGCGAAGACCACUCGUGGAGCAAGACUCGAGGAGUGCAUUUUUUGAAAGCGACUUUUUUUCUGUCGAAUUGUGAGUUCUCUUUCGAUGGACGAAACGUAUGAAGAGCUUAUUUCUCCCACGUUAUUGUCCCGCGAGCCGAAAAUGAACUUCUCGAGGCCCUCGCUUAUCAAGACGGUAUAUAUAAAAUUUGACGCGCUGAUGCGUGAAUCCGUUUAAUUGAUAAAAUCGUUGUAUUUAUUGUAGCUCGAAUUGCGGCGCUCUGCCGCGAAACAUUAAAGUCGUUCGUUGAGGGCAAUGUAAUUAGUGAACGAGAUUUAUUUAUUCGCCUAAGUCUAACUAAGAAUCGCGAACAUUACCAGUGCUGUGAAAAUUCUGCGUUUCGCGAGUUCUCGAACAAUUGUCGGUUGCUGUCAUUUGACAACGAGUGAAACUCUCUAUCCCUCAUUUACGUUUGAGGGACAUUAAUUGUUACAUUGGUCGACGAAACGAUUUAUUGAAUUAUUGAUUAUCUGAUACUUUUCAACUUCGCCGCAUGCGUACCUUGUCAUUCUGGUUUGAAAAUCCCAUUUUUUAAAUUCUUUAAUCACAAUCGAUAUUCGCGAGUCCACACUCAGACAUUUUUUUCAACUACGUGUGUUGUGAAAAAUUGUUUAUAACAAUUUUUUUCACACAACCUUAGAUCCCAUAUAGGAUCAUCAACAGUUACAACGAAAUCAUCGCUUAUCCAAUUCUAUGACUGUCAACUGACGGCUAAAGUUCUGUCAACCAGUACUGGGCCAUUAUUAGCAAAUGACUCGCUGUCAAAUGACGGCCAUAAUUCUGUUAGCCAUCACUGGUCCAAUAGCUGACUGACAAAUGACGGCUAAGGUUCUGUCAACCAGUACUGGGCCAUCACUGCUAAAUGACUAGCUAAAAUGACUGGGCCCAACCCUAGUAGCACAAUUCAUCGGCGUAACAUAUCCCCAAUGUAUGCCAACGUUUAAUCAAUGUUUCGCCAAUGAAUUGUGCUGCUUAGGAAAUUAUUACCCAGUUUUAUUUAGCCAGUACUGCGUAGUUUGCCAAUACCUCGCCAGUGCUUGAACUGGCCAUCGAUAAGUAAUGGUCCAGAAUUGGGCUGAUUGUAAAACCCUAUAUGGGAUAAUUUUGAAUCAUGUAAUCUUAUGUUCCUCGGAUUUUUAAAGUGAAUAAAAGAUAUUCAAUUACGUUAAAUUUGAGCAAAGAUGCAUUAAUUUAAAGGAUAUUGGACCCGUGAAUACAAAUUAAGGAAAUUUUGAAGCGAAUACGAAUUAGGAUUAACCAAAUUGACUACUAAAGGGAAAGAACGGUUUUGCUGACCAAAAAAAUCCAGAUACAGA